CGAUCAGGGUAGAUAACCGAGAAAAUGACGCCAAGCCUACUAGUCCAGCUCGUGGUUGUUUCCCUUGGUAUCGCCAGCGCUCGGGCAGCCAAAGACGAUGAUGGCUGUUCUCGGGUUGUCACGUUUAACGCUGGACUCAUCAACAGGGUGCCAGAAUACGAGAAACGCGCUCAGCGCGUGCCGCAAGCGCUGCUUGACCUCGAUGCUGAUGUCUACUGUCUGCAGGAGAUAUGGCUCGAGUCCGACCUGCGCCCCCUUCUGGAUGAAGUGAGCUCGACCUACCCUUACCAUUACAGCGUUCUCCAUCACAGCGUGGGCCAGCUCACCAAACCGAGACAGCGGGGAGUGCUGGGCAGCUUGCGUGCCUCCCUGACCGCCGGCUCCGCCUGUUCUGUGAGGGACUUGCCUUACUUCAUGUCUUCCCUGGCCUGUGCUGCUUCCCACGGUUGCCUGACUAACUUCACGUCGGACCCGAUCAAGUCGGCAGCGUGCCUGGUGCAGGAGUGUAGGGGCUGGCUCCAGUCGGACAACCUCAGCGCUGACUGUAUCGCCUGUGUCUUCCUCAUGGGCACCUCGCCCACCACAGCUUUUGACAAGUGCACAAAGACGCCGUUCCAACACUCCAAACGGUUAAACGCUCCUGGCCUGGUGCUGCUCAGCAAGAAGGAAGUGAAGUCGGCUUGUUACAGAAGCUUCUUCCCUGAACAAGACCUGACCAUACAGAGAGGGUACAUCCAAGCAGACACAACCUCCAAUACCCCAGCUACGGAGUCCAGCAGACGGCAGAGAUACAGAGCCUGCUAGAACUGGCCAGCGACUGGCCUCCCCACGUCCUUCUGGGGGAUUUGAACUCGGGCCUAGCACAGCACAUCUCCAACACAUCUGACAACGACACGGCAGUCUGCUCCGAGCUGCCGGAGAACUAUCAGCUGCUUCUGGACGCCGGAUACACAGAGCCCUAUUCUGAGCAGGACGGCCGCUGUACUUUCUGUGACUCCAACCCUCUCACGGACUACUGCUCCAUCACCAUUGACCAGGUGCUGUUGAUGGGGGGCCAUCUGGAGGCGCUGGAGGCCAAGCGAAUCUUGGACGAGACAGACCCCUCAGGCCUACCCCUGUCAGAUCACUACGGUGUGGAGGCCACACUUUGUCCAUCAGAGACUUCUGGAGAGCCACAAUAAAAUCUGUGCUGAGAUCUGUCCACCAAACGCCUUUUUGGUUU